AUGUCAACACCAAACAGCUCCCUUAGCUUCGGCAGCAAUUAUGCCAUCCUCAACUUGGACUGGACGACAAUCCUCAUCAACGCAGUUAAAGACACACCAGAGGGCCCAGCUAUGAUUACGAACUGCAUUAAAUGGAACGACGCCGUACAUCUCAAGACACCCCGCCCUCUUACAGUAUUUUCUACGCUUUCAUUUAGCCCUAACCAGCGUGAAGUAGCACCUGACUCGCCAUUUGCUAGACUGAUUACCCCCUUUGGGGAGUUUAGGAAAGGUUCUUCUGAAGCGCAGAUUUGUGAUGCUUUCAAGGUUGAUGAGAAGGAUCUCAUUUUGCAGAAGACUCGGUGA